CUAUCUACACACACUGACAACAAACACAUACACAUACAGUCGGUGCUUCAUUCGCAUCUAAAAAUUACCAUUUUCUUCGUAUAAUUACUCUCUCCCACGUUCUAAAAACCCAUUAAAAAGAUUUUUAUUACAAUCAAUCGAUCAUGCAAGAUUCAAUCUUUGCCACUACCCUAUCACUAUUUCCUUAAUUCAUAAACACCCACAAUCUCUCUAAAACCCCUUUUUGGGCUUUACAUAAAAAUUUCCAAGAUUUAGAAUCAUUAUGGGCCAAGAAGGAGCUCAAAAAAGAGGUAAUAAUUCAACUUUACCGACAACCACCACACCCAACGGCGGUUCCCGGAGCAGCAGGUCACUCCUCCGUGGCGGCGGCAACCGUCAGAUCCAUAAAACCCUGAACAAUAUCAAGAUCACUAUUCUUUGUGGGCUUGUUACAAUUCUUGUCCUACGUGGCACUAUUGGUUUUGGGUCAUUAUCUUCAGAUAAUGAUCAAGAUGACCAAGCUAUUAUUGAAGAAACGAAUCGGAUCUUAGCCGAGAUCCGAUCCGAUGUUGACCCGGAGGACCCGGAAGGUAACCAAGAUCAGUUUACUAAUUUAAGUCUUAAUGAUACUUAUUCACUUGGUGCAAAGAUUAGUAAUUGGGAUGAAGAAAGAAGUUUAUGGCUAAGUAGAAAUCAAGAUUUCCCUAAUAGAGUUAAUGGUAAAGAUAGAAUCUUGCUUGUUACUGGGUCCCCACCAAAUCCUUGUGAUAAUGCUAUUGGUGAUCAUUAUUUGUUGAAAUCCAUUAAGAAUAAGAUUGAUUAUUGUAGGAUUCAUGGGAUUGAAAUUGUGUAUAAUAUGGCCCAUUUGGAUAAGGAGUUAUCCGGGUAUUGGGCCAAAUUGCCGUUGAUUCGACGCUUGAUGUUGUCUCAUCCCGAAGUCGAAUGGAUUUGGUGGAUGGAUAGUGAUGCAUUGUUUACGGAUAUGGUGUUUGAGCUUCCGUUGGCUAAGUAUAAGGAUCAUAAUAUGGUUAUUCAUGGGUAUCCUGAUUUGUUGUUUAAUCAGAAAUCUUGGAUUGCUUUGAAUACGGGUAGUUUUUUGUUUAGGAAUUGUCAAUGGUCGUUGGAUUUGCUUGACGUUUGGGCUCCUAUGGGUCCAAAAGGGCCGGUUCGUGAAGAAGCAGGCAAGAUUCUGACUGCUAAUUUGAAAGGAAGGCCUGCAUUUGAAGCUGAUGAUCAAUCGGCUUUGAUUUAUUUACUGAUCACAAAGACAGAAUGGAUGGAAAAGGUUUUUAUUGAGAAUUCGUUUUUUCUUCAUGGGUAUUGGGCCGGUUUGGUUGAUAGAUAUGAAGAAAUGAUGGAGAAGUAUCAUCCCGGUUUGGGUGAUGAAAGAUGGCCUUUUGUUACACAUUUUGUGGGUUGUAAGCCUUGUGGUAGUUAUGGGGAUUACCCGGUGCAGAGGUGUUUGAGUAGUAUGGAGAGAGCGUUUAAUUUUGCGGAUAAUCAAGUGUUGAAGUUAUAUGGUUUCAGACACAGAGGACUUUUGAGUCCUAAAAUCAAGAGGAUCAGAAAUGAAACAGUGACUCCAUUGGAGUAUGUAGAUCAGUUUGAUAUUCGGCAUUCAGCUCAAGUGACCACCAACUGAACUCAACCAUCAUUGUUGUCAACAGGUUAUGAUGACGAUGAUCUUUAGUGUUCUUUUUUUUUUAUGGGUUUUGAGUUAUAAACAAGUUAUAGUUUAAAUUCAUUUAUUUACCACUGUAUUUGAUUUGGUUCAAAACAAUGUAGAAUUCUUUUGUUAAAAUUUACUACAUAGUCUUCAAUACUUUUUGGAGUAAUCCAAUCAUGAACUCUUUCUUGUAGAUACUUAUAAGUUUUGAGUUUGUUCCCAA